AUGUCGAAUCGGUGGCAAGUGGAAUUACUGGUGUUUGUUGCACUGAUCACGUCAAUUGUGUCCGCAUCGUCAGAGAGUAGUUGGCUUGGACCUGAAUUUGGAAUAAUCCAGCGAGUUUAUGACGACUGCCAGGAUAAGAAUGACAUUGUCGGUUGCUUAAAAGGAAAGGCACUGUCCGCCAUCUCAAAAGCCGUCGAUCAGGAAUCUCUCUCAGUGCUUGACGGAAUUUCCUUUGUCAAGCAGAAUGAGACGGAGCAAACCCCGUCUAUCGCGGAGGGACGUUUCUUGAACGGACUCAAUGGCAUCGACCGCGCCCUGGUUCAGAAGCUCGACAAGUUCUUCCGCUCCCACACACUCAAGGUGGACCUGAGCGAGGCGCGGCAGGGCGGCCACGGUGGUCUUGGCGGCGGCCAUGGUCACGGGCAUCUCGGCGGAGGCGGCGGCGGCGGCGGUCUUGGCGGUGGUGGCGGCGGUCUUGGCGCUGGUAAGAAGUAUGGUCGAUAUGUUAUGGCUGCUCUGCUCACCGCUAUGGGGAUCGCUGGACCACUUGGUCUUAAGGCUCUGGCUGCCAUCGCUGGGAAGGCUCUGGUUAUUAGCAAGGUGGCUCUCACAAUUGCUGGGAUUAUCGCCCUUAAGAAGAUCUUUUCCAGCGACCAUCACGAGGAGACCAGCUUCCAGGUGCACGCCUCAGGUGAUCACAACAGACGCAACACAUACCUCGUGCGUCCAGUGAAGUCUUCUAGCGCCCAGUAUGUCGACCCCUACAGAUACUACUACGAGCACUAUCCAACCUCCCAGAUGAACUAA